AUGUCGACGCACGUCGUCGUCAUCGGCGCGGACCUGCGUCGUGCCACUAUCAAAGUCACUCCGGGCACCUACCUAAUAGAUGUCUUGCAAGAAGCGUGCAAGAAGCUCAGCAUCUCUAGCGACAAGUUCAUACUCAAGCACAAGCAAAAAACAGUCGACCUCACCGUCCCCUUCCGCACCUCAGGCCUCGUCGGCGGCGCCAAGCUCGAGCUCGUCCAGCGCUCCAACACGCCGUCGGCCGUACAGAUCGGUCUGCAGCUGCCGCAGCCCGAAGCCAAGGAGGUCCCCGGCGGCCGGCUCAUCAAGCGGCUGCCCUCGGACCUCACGCUAUGGGGCGUGCUGCGGCAGCUCGAGAGCGGCACCGACGCCAGCGCAGGGCGCAACAUCAACAUCACAGCGCGCGGAGUUGCCCGGACAAGCGCGGCUGGCGCUUUCGGUGCGGGCCAGCUAUACUACGAAACUCCCGUCCUCAAUAUCAUGGGCCGCGAUUACACGACGUUUGCCGACUUUCAAAAGACGCUGGCGCAGCUCGGGCAUAAUUCGGGCAGCGUGCUGGUUCGCUUGACCUUCAAGACGACGGACCAAACGUUGUUCGAGGCCAUGGAACAGAUUGGCCAGUACUUUAAGGAGACGAGCGAGGAGAAGAGCGCACCCGCGCAGUCACAAGCAGGGGCGGAUUCGGCACCGACAACAGAACCAAAAGCGGAGGAGGCGCAGCCCGUGCAGGUGUCGGAUACGCCCAUGACUGAGGCGCCAUCAGCUACGCAAUCACUCGCAGAGACGGCACCAGCAGCCGCUCCCGUUUCGGAGUCGAAAGAUCCCUACGAGCCUGUCGGUGUCUUCCUGGCCCCGUCCAACAGCACACCCGCUGCAGCGCUGGCGCCGGCAGAUGAGUCUGACUUUACACCGACCGUCGCGCAUGCCAAGUUGCACCAGAGCCAACUGCAGCAAAGCGGACGCAACAAGCGACUGCCAUCAGACCAGGAGCUCGCGGCCCGAGCGGCCGACGAGCAGGCUCGCGUCGCCGCAAUCAAGUCGGUGCUCGUCAAGGUGCGCUUCCCGGACAACACGAGCAGCGACUGGCAGAUGGACCACGCUGCGACUGGCGCCGUACUGCACGCUGCCGUCAGGCAUGUCAUGGCUGACCCGACGCUACCGUUUCGCCUCGUCCUUCCUGGGAGCACUCGACGCGUGGUCAGAGACGAAGCCGGCCCUACGCACGCCCUCAUCGCCGACUACAAGAUGCACGGCCGUGUACUCGUCAACCUGCUUUGGACUGACGACGUGCCGCCGGCGAAGCGACGGUUGCCGUUCCUCAAGGCCGCGAUCGCGCGCCAGGGGCGCGAGAUUGAGGUACCUGAACUACCUACGUACGAAUUGGAGGAGACGACAAAGCCUGCGCCGAGCAAGGACGACGGCCGCGGGACAGACAAGGCAGGUGAUGGCAAGGGAGGUUCCAAGGUGCCCAAGUGGUUGAAGCUGGGCAAGAAAUAG